AUGAAAGCAUCGAAACUGUGCGCUAUCAUGUUACCCAUCAUCCUCUUCUACAUCAUUCUCACCAUCGUCAUCAUCAUGGCCCGUCGACGUUGGCGCAAGACCGCCCAUACUGAAGGGUCAACCCUUGAACGUGGCAUGCUUGUUGAAGUUGUGCGCAUUGUUAAAGAUGGAAAAGAUAUCUACUCACGAAAGCUUACACCUGAUCAACACUUGUAUGAUCAUCCAUCUUUCGCACCGCUUGAAAAGAGAAUGCAAGAAACGACUGAGCUCCAGAAACCUGAAUCACAAACCAACGAAAAAGCAACCAUGUCCCAGGACGAUUUCGAAGACAUCCCCUUAACUCCUGUCAGAUCAAUGAAGGAAUUGCGAAAAGAAUUGGCUAGAGGGUUUGACAUGGUGGAAAAGAAUUACUAG